AUGUAUGUCUAUAAUCUGGAUAUAAAGGAGUUAGCAGAAAAAGAAAAGUCUACCAUGUAUGUAUGGGAUGAAGUUACAGCUUCCAGAGGAUCUCAAGAAAUACGGUCAUGUAUAGGGAAACAUGUUUUGAGCAACGCCAAUACUGCAAAGCAUAUUAUUGCCUACAGCGAUGCUUGUGGCGGCCAAAAUCGUAAUUUUAAUCGAUGUCUCUUUUGGUUAAAAUUAAUUGCGGACACAAAUAUUGAGAUCAUGGAUCAUAAAUUUAUGCUUUCGGGACAUUCGUUUCUACCAAACGACCGCGAUUUUGGACAAAUUGAACUAUACGCCAAAGAUCGAAUUAAGUUUUUACCAGAAGACUGGUAUGCAAUUAUAAAGAAGUGUCGAUCAAAAAACCCGUUUCCAGUGUAUGAAAUGAAGAGGGAGGAUUUUUUAUCAAUAAAAUCUAUAGAAGAAUCAGUAAAACGAAGGAAGAAGAGCGAAAAUAAUACUACUGUAUCGUGGCUAAAAAUCCAGUGGCUUCGUUUUCGCAAAGAUCAACUAUACAAAAUCUUUUUCAAAGAUACUAUUAAUCAGGACUACCCUUUUAAAGAAAUCGACAUCCUUCCAAACCGAAAAGGUGCCCCCAGACAUUUAAAAAACAUAACUAUCUCCAUUAUACACACAUAA